AUGGAUUCUGAAAUACUAUUCAUAGCACUAGCACCACCAGUGUUUAAUGGUGACAAUUAUCAUGUCUGGGCAGUCAGAAUGGAGGCAUACCUAGAGGCAAAUGAUCUUUGGGAAGUUGUUGAGGAAGACUAUGAAGUUCUUCCAUUACUAGACAAUCCAACAUUGGCACAGCUCAGAAAUCAUAAGGAAAGGAAAGCAAGAAAGUUAAAGGCAAGAGCUUCUUUGUUUGCUGUUGUCUCAUCAACAAUUUUCGCUAGAAUUAUGACAAUGAAAUCAGCAUUUGAAAUUUGGAAUUUCCUCAAGAAUGAAUAUGAAGGAGAUGAGAGGAUUAAGGGAAUGCAAGUGCGGAACCUAGUUAGAGAAUUUGAGAUGCAGAAAAUGAAAGAGUCAGAGACAAUUAAAGAAUAUGCUGAUAAGCUUCUUAGCAUUGUCAACAAGGUAAGAUUACUUGGUUCUGAAUUUUCUGAUUCAAGAAUAGUUCACAAAAUACUAGUAACUAUCCCUGAAAGAUUUGAAGCUACCAUUUCUUCCUUGGAGAAUGCUAAAGAUCUGUCAAGAAUUAGCUUGGCAGAACUUCUAAAUGCUUUGCAGGCCCAAGAACAAAGAAGAAUAAUGAGGGCUGAAGGUUCUGUGGAGGGUGCAUUGCAAGCUAAAUUGCAAAUCAAGAGAAACAAAAAGAAGAAUUCUAGCACACCAGAAGCAACUGCUAACACCAGCAACAGUAGUGGAGAAAACAACAAAGAAUUUCCUCCUUGCAGACACUGUGGCAAAAAGGGUCAUCCACCUUUUAAGUGUUAG